UGUUGAUCCCCUUUUUUUUUUUUUUUUGCCCCCGUUCUUAGGUGGCGUGCCACGAGUCGUGUGUUCAUGGUGGCUGAGGAGUCGUGUUCCACGAGGAGGGGGUCGUGUUCUUGUGCAUGGGAUUCGAUACUUUGGGCAUAGACUUUUCUGGAUUUUCCAGAACGGCGAUGUGCUGGAAAGGGGGGGGUGCGGACUUUUGCCACGAGCGCCAUCCUGGAUUGUUCCCCGGCGUCUCUCUCUCUCUCUGUGUAUCUCUGUCUCUCUUCUUUCCCGUUCUGGUAAAUUGGGACAGGACGAUCAUGGGUUCGUACAGAAGAAACGACAGCAAGACAGCAAGACUUCUGCGCGCGCGUGGCCUGAACGGUGAUUUGCGGCCGUGGCGACGGCGGCGGCGGGGAAGAACACUAUUCUUGUCUUAGGGGUAUGACGUUACCUUGCGUUGGAACUUGCAUGAACGGUGGUCAGCAACGGACGGUACCUGACAGGAAGUGCGACGAAGGGGGCGUCCAGGGGUUGGGUUGGACGGAGCUGGGAAAGGGGAGGAAAUCCAUGAUGUAGUCGUCACGGGCGGGUGUCCAAGGGUGCCUUUCUGGGUCGACGCAACGACGACAACCGUUCCGGGUGAGGAAGGUGUUCGCGGCAGAGGAUUGAAACAUGGUCGGAUUUAUUCGUCUC